GAGUGGACGGACUCGGUAUUAAUCCGUUGUUAGUGAGCCAAAAAAGGUACGAUCAAAGAUUGCCUGUGGCUCAAUUCAACCCUGCAUUUUCCAGGCUUAAGUUGCCGUAGGAAAUUUUGUGUACUUCUGCGGAAAUUAUUUUCCCCUUCAACCUCAUCCACAUAAGAAUGGUGCCGAAAAUCAUUCAAGUGUUUGUGAACGGUUUACAAGGAGAGACAACCACCAUUGACAUUGAAGAGGAUGCCACGAUUGCAAAAUUAUAUGAAUUGUUGAAAGAACGGAGUAGUAUACCAGUGGAUCAACAACGCUUGAUAUUCGGUGGAAAAGAAAUCAGGAUCAAAGAUGAAAGGAAUGAGCAGACUUACCUGUCAACGUACGGAAUAGAAAAGCGUUCCACGUUGUUUCUUGUUUUACGUUUGCAUGGUGGGUCUCAGAAAGUGCUAGAUGAUGAUGUGGAACUUAGCGAUGCCCCAGAUAUGAUCACGUGGGAUGACGAUCCGGAUAACAAAAGAGCCAAGAUGCCUUGCGGGCACGCUAUCUCUCCAGAAUCUCUGACCAUGUACUGUCGCAGCAUCCUUGAUGCAGGUCGAUCGCGAUUUCUUUGUCCUUACAUCAGCCAGGAUACUCCGCCGGUGUACUGUGGCACAGAAUGGGACUAUGUAGUUGUUCGACGCUUGGCUGUUUUGAAAGAUUCAGAGAAAACGGAGUUUGAGACCAAAAUCUCCAAGAACCAUCUGAUCAAGGCCAUGGGUAUUCAAGAAUGUCCCAGCUGCAAAUCUUUAGUGGAACGAAUCAACAAAAAAGAUGUGCGAUUGGCCUGCUCUUUUUGUAAAAAGAAACUUCAUAAAGAUUUCCAGUUCUGCUGGCACUGUUUGCAUGAGUGGGUCAAUAGAUCCAGCACAACAAAGUGUGGAAAUGCGGUUUGUGCUGGAGAAGACAAACGUCUGAAGAUUCUACGUAACUGCUCCAAGAAGGAAAUUGUUGGAGUUGAAGGAUGCCCCUCCCUCCGUGCAUGCAUCUCAUGCGGUAUGCUGAUUGAACAUGUGAAGGACUGUAAGCACAUGACCUGUCGAUGUGGCAAAGAAUUUUGCUUCAUCUGCUUAAAGCCCAAAGAGAGAAGCGGCUGGAAGUGUGGGAGAUUUAACCAGGCCUGUGACGUAGCAUCAGUACAGACCGCGAUUCCCGGAUCCUAAACUUGUUAGUCAGUUGCAAAAUGAAUUGCGUUCACUGAACACCUGAAAAUUUAGUCUGGGACUGUGGACUCUGAUAACUUUGAAAAGCUCUGGAGAUUUGCUUUAAGUAUCUCGAUAAAUGGUCAUAUUAUGUUAUCUAACAUUGCUGCUGUAACAGUGUUAGAUAACAUAAUAUGACCAUUAUAGUAUGGCAUUCCACUAGGAUGUAUGAAUACUUUGAGUCGCUUUUUACCGCUUGUAGCAUCAAAUCUAGAAAACGGCAUUAGCAUCUGUCCAUAAUUCCAGUCUUCCUGAGGCGUAUGGUCCUUAAAUCACAUGUAAGAGAUGAGAGAAUCAAAUUUUGUAGAGAGUGAUGAACUUACAAUUUUGGGUUGUUGUCCUUGAGUGUGCAAUACUUGUAGGAAUACCAGAAUGAAACCGUUUACUACCAGAAUGCAUAAAGAAUUUACUAUCACAACUAAUAAUUAAAUUGUACUGUGUGAUAAGUGUUCAAUUGAGAAGAAUUAUUUGCUCUUGUGACUAGAUUUGGAACAUUUGUUUACUCAGUUUUAGUUGAGUUCAGUUCAGCUCUAGAUUUAAAGUUUAUUGUUUGUUAAGUUUUUAACCUGAAAUAAAUUAAUUGAGUGAGA